AUGGACCCUAGUAUAGCUGCUGUAUUAGAAAACGUCACUAGAGAGCUCAAGGAGAUUAAGGCAAAGGUUGAUAAGUGUGAGUUUUGUCGAGUGGGUCACGAUACGAAAGCGUGUACAUUGUUAGUUGGUGAGGAGCAGGUCGAUUUCGUGGGAGGGGGUCUAGGUAGAGGUCAACCUAGUGGGUUUGCUCAAAAUCCAAAUAGGGGUCAGGGUUCAUUCUUUGGUGGGGGUUCAAAUGGGCAGUUCAAUAAAGGGUUCAAUGGGCAGGUUAACGAUAGGGGGUCAAGCAGUCAGGUUCAACCAAUUCAGGGUCCAAGUUAUGAUUUAGGGGGUAGCCUUGAGAGGAUGGAGGAAAUGAUGAGCCAAUUAGUUGUUAAGGACCAAGCCACCCAAAAGAUCCUUACCGAACACGACCUUAUGCUUAAGAACCACCAAGCAUCUUUCCAAGACCUUCAAAGAGUCGUAGGUGACAUGUCUAGGAAACUAGAGGAGAGAUUAUCCGGUCAGUUUGCGGGUAACACCCAACCAAACCCUAACGCCCAUACCAAAGCCAUUACCACUUGUAGUGGCAAAACCGUAGGGAACCCGAGAGUUGAGGAGAGAGUAGUAGAGGAGAUUGUAGAUGAAGAAAUUGAGAUGGAGGCUCCCGGAAAAGUGCAAUCGAGGCUAAGCCCAACAAGUACCGCACAGCCCGGGGAGCCUCAAGGUGAGAAGAAAAUAGAGAAACCAUCCAUAGACAUUAGACCGUCUCUACUCGUAGACCAUUCGCGGGUCCCGUUUCCUACAUGUCUUAGGAACCAAAAGUACUCCAAGGAAUACGGGCAGUUCUUAGAUAUCUUCAAGCAAUUGAAGAUUAAUCUACCCUUCAUUGAGGCACUCCAGUCUAUGCCCAAGUACGUGAAGUUCUUAAAGGACCUUCUUAGAAACAAGGAGAAGUUGGGAGAGUUGGCAAAUGUUCCAUUGAAUGGAGGGUGCUCCGCAGUUAUUCUAAAUAAGCUUCCGGAAAAGCUCACCGAUCCCGACAUUUUUACUAUUCCAUGUCUUUUCGGUAGUAACACCAAUACUCGAGCCUUAGCCAACCUAGGUGCUAGCAUCAAUUCGAUGCCCUUUUCUCUCUACGAGAAGCUAGACUUAGGAGAGCUUUCACCUACCCGUAUGACAUUAUCUUUAUCCAAUCGGUCCGUGAAAUACCCGAGGGGUAUUGUUGAGAAUUUGCUUGUUAUGGUUGACAAGUUUGUUUUUCCCGCCGAUUUCGUCAUUCUUGAUAUGGAAGCGAAUGAGAGAGUUCCUAUCAUACUUGGUCGUCCGUUUUUGCGUACCGCUAAAGCCCUCAUAAAUGUUCACGAUGGUAAGAUAACACUUAGGGUCGGUGAUCAGAUAGUCACCUUUGAGAUAGAUCGUUCCAUGAACCACCCGAGUUGUUCCGAUGACUAUAGUGGUCCUUGCCAUUCCGUAUAUUUCUUGAACUCCUUCAUCUCUUGUGUCGACCAUUGUCUAGAGUACAUUAGUGGUGCCGACUUAGUAGGAGGAGAGAAAGUAGAGGAGGAGUCGUUAAGAGUGGAUGAAGUAGAAGUUGAGGGGAUUCCUUUGAUUCCCGAAGCGUUAGCCGUUAGUGAUGACACCACUCAACCCCCACCCUUAGAGCUUAAGGUCCUUCCAUCUCAUUUAGAAUAUGCUUUUCUAGGGGAGGGUUCCGAGCUACCCAUUAUCAUCUCAUCAAAGUUGGAGGAUGGAGAGAAGUUGAGGUUGUUGGAAGUGUUAAAGGCAAACAAGGAGGCCAUUGCAUGGAGGUUGUCCAACAUUAAGGGCAUAAGCCCUUCUUAUUGCACUCACCGAAUACUCAUGGAGGAUGAUUUCAAACCGGUGGUACAACCCCAAAGGCGCCUCAACCCCAAUAUUCAAGACGUAGUGAAGAAGGAGGUUCUAAAACUCCUAGAUGCCGGGAUGAUAUAUCCCAUCUCAGAUUCGCCAUGGGUUAGUCCCACUCAGGUUGUCCCUAAGAAGGGAGGGAUGACCGUUGUCAUGAACUCCAAGAAUGAGCUUAUCCCUUCUCGUACGGUCACGGGUUGGCGUGUGUGCAUCGACUACCGAAAGUUGAAUGAUGCCACCCGAAAGGACGACUUCCCAUUGCCCUUUAUCGAUCAAAUGUUGGAGCGUCUCGCGGGUCAACAAUUUUAUGGUUUUCUCGACAGUUUUUCCGGUUACUUCUAG